AUGGAUAGAUUUACUUUUGAUCCAUACUUAAGUUCUCCUGAUAAUUGUACAGUGACUUGUGAGGGUUUUGAACAUCGUGUUGCUCUUGUCAUGUGUAUUCUUUCUUAUUAUUUUCAUUUUAUUCUAGCUCCUAAUGCUCCAGUUGUCAUCACUGAAGAAUGUAGUGCUGAAAACAAUAGUGUCACAAUUGCCUGGCAACCUCCAGCUUCAUCAUUUGUUGAAGGCUAUAUUUUAGAAUUGGAUGAUGGAAAUAAUGGAGAUUUCAGAGAAGUUUACUGUGGUGGAGAAACAAUUUGUACAGUUGAUGGUUUACAUUUUAACUGUACUUACAAUGCUCGUGUCAAAGCAUUCAAUAGUGCUGGUGAGGGUGAAUACAGUGAAAUUAUAGGAUUACAAACUUCUGAAGUGGCUUGGUUUAAUUUUGAUCCAUGCUUGAGUUCUCCUGAAUUAUGUUUCACUCCUGAUAAUUGUACAGUGACUUGUGAGGGUUUUGAACAUCGUGUUGCUCUUGGUAGUGUUGGUUUUUCUAGAGGAGUUCAUUAUUGGGAAUUUACAAUUGAUCGUUUUGAUGCUGAUACUGAUCCUAGUUUUGGUGUGGCUAGAUUGGAUGUUUCUAAAGAAGAAAUGCUUGGUAAAGACGAAUUUGGUUGGAGUAUGUAUAUAGAUAAACAAAGAUCAUGGUUCAUGCAUUGUAAUAGUCAUGAUCAACGUUGUGAUGGAGGGAUUCAAGUUGGUUCAACCAUUGGAAUUUUAUUAGAUUUGAAUAAACAUCAGCUUUCAUUCUAUGUGAAUGAUGAACCACAAGGAUCAGUAGCAUUUCGUGAACUUUAUGGUGUAUUUUAUCCUGCAGUUAGCGUAAACAGAGGUGUUGCUGUCACUUUACACACAGCUCUUGAUGCGCCUAUUGAUUUAGAAGACUGUUAAAAAUUUCAUACUCUCGUUUUAGUACUUAAAAAUAAAUAAAAUCAUAAAGUGUUUUGUAAUAAAAAAAUUAUUCAUUUAUUCCAGUGAUAAUUUUUACAUAUAUUUUUAUAUCACAGGGUAGGAAAAUAUAACAUAAAUUACACACAUUUUCCUUCCAAAUUCUUUCUUA